CCUCUUAAGGAAGUUUCCUCCCCCUCUUCUUCUCUUCUCUUCUUCUACGAGCGCCGCCGCUGCACUUCCCCAUAUUUCGCAGCCUUGCCUAACCGCCCGCCCCAACUACUCCCGGGUUGGGGGGGCUAGAGAGAGAGAGAGGAAGGGCUUUGGCCGGCGGACCCCCCCCCCUUUCCUCCAGCGCGGUGGGGCUGAGCCGGGCACCCUGAGCGAGGCCGAAUGCCGGUGGCGGCGGCCAACUCGCACCCCCGCGCGGUGCAGCAGCCCGACGCCCGCCCCUUCGCCGCCUCCGUCCGCCUCCGGGACCGGGACCCCGCCAAGCAGCACCAAGGCGCCGAGGAGCCCCACCACCGCCACGGUCAGGCCGCCGGGGGGGAGGCGGCGGCGGCGAGGGCAGCCGGCGGCAGAACGGCGGCUCCUUCCGGCGCCGCUUCGCCGCCCGCCCUGCUGGCUUUCUCGCCGUCUUCUCCGCCGGGCCCGCCGCCGCCGCCGCCCGAGCCCCCACGGACUCGCUCGCGCUCCCGCUCCGGAUUCUUCAGCCUCCUCGCCAUGAACGGCGGCGGCGCCACAGCCACGGCAGCUGCCGCCGCCGCCGCCGCGCACUUCCAGCCGCCGCCGCCUCCGCCUGCCCCGCCGCAUCUCCAUGGGCCGAGCCUGCCCGAGUUGGGCGCCCGCAGCCAAGGCAGAGGGAGCCCCGCCGGACACGGGCACCCCAGGGCCCCGCCGGGAGCCAGGGCGCCCGCGCCAGGUGGUGUUGGUGCUUCCUUCCAGUGCCAGUUAAUCCAUCAAGACCACAUCUGUACUGAUGACAGUGACAAGAGUGAAGAUAGUCCAAGUCCCAAGAGACAGCGCCUUUCUCAUUCAGUCUUUGACUACACAGCAGCAUCACCAGCCCCAUCACCGCCAAUGCGACCAUGGGAGAUGACAUCCAAUAGGCAGCCUCCUUCAGCUCGACCAAGCCAACAUCACUUCUCAGGGGAACGAUGCAACACACCUGCACGCAACAGAAGGAGCCCUCCUGUUAGACGCCAGAGAGCAAGAAGAGAUCGAUUAUCUCGACAUAAUUCCAUUAGUCAAGAUGAGAACUACCAUCUCCCCUACGGACAACAACAAGCAAUAGAAGAACCCCGAGCCUUCCACCCUCCGAAUGUAUCUCCCCGUAUGUUGCACCCAGCUGCUCAUCCACCACAGCAAAACGCAGUGAUGGUUGACAUUCAUGAACAGAUCCACCAGGGCACAGUCCCUGUUUCAUACACGGUGACCACGGUGGCACCACAUGGGAUUCCACUUUGCACAGGUCAGCACAUACCAGCUUGCAACACACAGCAGGUCCCUGGGUGUUCCGUGGUUUUCAGUGGACAGCAUCUCCCUGUCUGCAGUGUGCCUCCCCCAAUGCUUCAGGCAUGUUCUGUUCAACACUUACCAGUUCCAUAUGCGGCAUUCCCACCUCUCAUUUCUAGCGAUCCAUUUCUUUUGCAUCCUCCACACCUCUCCCCACAUCAUGCUCCACACCUGCCACCUCCAGGCCAGUUCGUUCCCUUUCAGACACAACAGUCACGGUCGCCUCUUCAAAGGAUAGAGAACGAAGUAGAGUUGCUUGGAGACCAUCUUCCUGUGGGAGGUUUCACCUAUCCGCCUUCAGCCCACCCACCAACAUUGCCUCCCUCAGCCCCACUACAGUUCUUAACGCAUGACCCUUUGCACCAAGAGGUGUCCUUUGGAAUACCUUACCCGCCUUUCAUGCCUCGAAGACUCACAGGACGCAGCAGAUACCGAUCUCAACAGCCAAUACCGCCACCUCCUUACCAUCCCAGCCUAUUGCCAUAUGUGCUAUCAAUGCUUCCAGUGCCACCUGCAGUUGGCCCAGCCUUCAGUUUUGAGCUGGAUGUAGAAGACGGCGAGGUGGAAAACUAUGAGGCACUGCUGAACUUGGCCGAAAGACUGGGAGAGGCCAAACCGAGAGGACUGACGAAAGCAGAUAUUGAACAACUUCCAUCUUACAGAUUCAACCCAAAUAACCAUCAGUCAGAACAGACUCUGUGUGUAGUGUGCAUGUGUGACUUUGAAUCAAGGCAACUACUUAGAGUUUUACCGUGUAACCAUGAGUUCCAUGCCAAGUGUGUCGAUAAAUGGCUUAAGGUUGAGAAGGAACCAGAAGCAGCAAAAGCAGUAUGAUGACAGAGAGUGUACACAUGAUGCAAAAUAUGGAAGUAUAAUUGAAGUAGGAAAUUAAUUAUGACUUUCAGAAAAUGUACUGAAUUUCCAUUGUGUCACUGCAGUGGUAAAUCCUAAAUCAUCAAGAUUGCAGAAUAUAUGACUAUUUGUACAGUGAGGUCUAUUAACUUUGAGUUUGCUUUGAUUGUCCAUAAAUCAUAAGGUUGUGGCAAAUGUGAGGAUUUUCUGCAGCUCUUAAUUACAACCACUAGAUGCCGUCAUUUCCUUCUGCAUAGCACAGAAAAGAGCUCCAAGUAGCAGAGAACUGUAAUUAUAAUGACUAGCGGUUUUCUAAUGGUGUUCAUGGCAACGUUAUAUGUUGUCUUAAAUUCAAAGUGCCCUGUGCAAGAAGAAAGACACUUGUGCAAGGGAGGAAGGGGGUCUGAUUUUUUGUUGUUGCUGAUCCCCCCUUCCGGUUGCAGCCCCUCAAACCAUGUUACAUGAUGUUCUUGAAGGUCUCGCAACACUCAGAACCAUGUUUUCUUCCGGGGGGGCUGGGGGCAGGAGCAACAAGAAUGAAGCCCUGCUCCAUGAGCAGAACUUUGCUCAUGAAAUGUAGAAUCCAAACCACCCUUUCUGAAGAGCUCAGAGAUGAAAGUACAUAUCUGUGAACUUCAGAAAAGGUUGCGGGAGUUAGAGUCAUUAUGGUGCAUGGCUUUUGCAUACUUAAAAAAUAAAAAAUCCACUUAAGCAUGUCAGGGAGAACACACAAACUAGUAUCUCACCUGCUAAAGUCACCACCAGAUGAUCUUUACCACAUCAUUAAACAACGAGAGCAUCACAGUUCCACUGUAGUAUUUAAUGCAGGGCAUGAUUAAAAUGCGAGAGUUCAAUGCUCUUAAUUUCAGAAGCUAGAGGAGUGUAUGCACAAGAGGCUCAUAGAUUACUGGUAGAACUUGAAGUGUGUUUAGCAAUAAAUAGUAACUCCCCUGUCCCGGGACACCUUAUUUGAACCCUUUGGUGCUAUUUGAAAGAGAACCCAGUACAGUUUUCUUGGUUUUAAAGUUUGAAAAUGUGUGUGUAUGUGUGGAUUAUAGAUCUCUGUGUGUGGCAGGCAGCUGAGCACGAACUGACUUAGCUGAGAAGCAUUCUAUUAGAGUUCCCACUUGAAGUCUGCACAUUAAUCAUGUGAAGGAGACGUGAGCGGCUGAUGAAAGUUCUGCCUUCUUUCAUCAGGCUGCCCUUACUGAUUCACACAUGCUAGCCAUGAUGCCUAUGUUCUGCCUUCCACUGUUGGAGGCAGUAUCUGUCUGAAUAUUAGUAGCUGGGAAUCACAGCUGAGGAGACUGCUGUUGCGCUCAUUUCCUGGUUGUGGGAUUCCCAUGGACAUCUGAUUGGCCACAGUAAGAAGAGGACGCUGCACUAGAUGGGACUUCAGCCUUAUCCGGCAGGAGUCUUGCGUUCGUCACUUCCUGUUUUUUGAGCAUUCUGGUCUCUCCAUGGUGGCUAGAGGAGAAGCGCUUUGUUCAGCGUUUGUGAUGCCUCUGCUCAUGGGGACACUGGUAGCAAACACUGUGGCACUGGACAGAGCAGUUUAAACCCCAGAGUGGCUUGGGCAACCCAGGCAGACGGGCCGGGUACAAGUAAUUAAUAAUCAUCAUCAUCAUAAAUUAGCCAGCCAUUAGAAGUCAGAUGAUUGAUCUCUUUGGACAUGUAUUUACAUGAGAAUAAGAUAAAGCUAAAGUCAGUUGAUUUCACUGAAAUCUGGGUUUUGAUGCGAUUCUCUUUCCUCUUAAUUAUCUUGCUAGGGAUGUAUGGUUCAAUGUAGUGAUUUUUAUUUUAUUUUUGCAACUCAGUACAUUUUCUUUAACAGUCUUUUGUGUGAGAUGAUGUGCAAUGCAUUAAUGCCUGUUUUUAUUCCCCAGGCAAAUCGUACUUGCCCCAUCUGCAGAGCUGAUGCUUCGGAAGUGCAUCGUGACUCAGAAUGACCAGUCUAAGAGCACAAUUCUACUUUGGGUGUUCCUAGUCACAUGUGUAUAUAUAUAUAUGAACUCUCCAUUGAACUUAACCCGUGUGGCUUCCAGCCUUCCCUUUACACAAAAGGGUCAAUGGACCUUUCUUUGCACUGUGUGAUUUAAUCAACUAUAAAGCUUAUAAUUAGUCUUCACAAUUAUGGGAUUGUUAUACUAACUGUGUGAUUGGAACUCCAAAGACUUUUUUUUUCUUUUAGCUUAAUUUCGUGUGUGCACUAACAUUCCCUGGUUUUUGUGUGAUCAUUCCGAGUGUUGCUGCGAGAUUACAGUGGAACGUGAUCUUCUAGCAUGUGCUUUUAUAUUAAAAAAAGAAGAAGUGGUAGCUCCAAACAAUAUAGCAAUCUACCUUAUAUAGAGCCUUCAGAUACUGUGAGUGGGAAUAAACGGUGCGGGUGGGUGCGUUGAUCGCAGGGUGUUUGUGUGUGUGUGGGCGAGCAAGUGUUUGGGCGGUAGUGCGUGAGAGGACUAAUAUACCAGCAUGUACUGAGGAUGUAUGUGUGUAGUAUUAAUUAUGCUGCAAUGUAUAAUCUUGUGUGUUAUUUAAACAGUACUAGUACUGUACACUGGUUUCUUUCCUUGCGUUUGCAGUUGCACACUGAAUGCUAUAAGGGUGCAGCAGUUAUAGACAUUUGAUAUUUCAUCCCCGCCCCCCUCCAAUUGUAUUUAAUAGUACAAAAAGGCCUUUUUGCUUUUAUUCAGACAACAAUUAUGCUUCCCUUUAAUUGGAGAUCCUAUGUCUGUCAUUAUACAGCAUAUUGCUUCCUCAGUUACUACAAAUAACAAAUGAGCCUUUUCUCUCUUUUUUUAAGGCUGCAGAAUUUUCCAGGUUUUUGAGAUUUGCAGCUCAUUGCUAAAUUUAUAAUGCGUUGCAGCAUUGCACAGCCAGGUAGCAAUAUUAAAAAUUUCUCAACUGGUGAUUGAAAGUUGAUGCUGUCCUCUCUUAACUUUCUAAAAACUCUUCCAAGCCAACAUUGGUUCUUUUUCUGUUCACUUUCAAAACUGGAUUAUUAUUUAUUUUUUUAUAUCAUUUAUAUCAUUUCGUUUGUUUUCCAGUUUUGUCCAUAGAUACAGAAAUGGAGAGGAUGUUGGAAUCUGUGCAAAUGCUUCUUGUAUUGUUGGCAAUAUACUUGCUUAAAUCCCAGUUUAGCUUACAAACACUGGCACUAAGUCACAUUCCUUGCCAUACGCAAGCAAACAUGUACAAUUAAAAUAACUUUAAAGGUA